AUGCAAGCAAACAGUGAAUCCAGAGGGUCUUGUAGUCUUGGGCCUUGUUUGUCUCCAAUUGUGCGGCUCUAUGUUUAUGGAAUCCAUGGAUAUUUCACAGAAGUAAUGUUUACAGCAGCCUGGGAGUUUAUAGUUAAUGCUAACUGGAAGUUUCCAGGUUGUACUAGUGUGUGGUCACUUUUUAUUUAUUCUUUCUGUGGGUAUGCCAUUGAACAAAUGUAUCUACGUCUUAAAGAUCGUGUUCCCAUCUUACUUCGAGGACUAAUCUACCUCAUAUUUACAUAUUCUUGGGAGUUCAGCACUGGAUACAUUUUGCGAUACUUUAAUGCAUGUCCUUGGGACUAUACUCCUUUUGAUUUUGAUGUGGUGGGGCUGAUAACACUGGAGUAUGCACCACUGUGGUAUAUAGCAACCCUGAUUCAGGAACAGAUGUUGACAAAGAACAUUCUACUGCUGCAAUGGAAAGUGUGCUCUGCUCCAUUCCACGACAAGUGUAACUGCUGUCAUUGUCGUGGUGAUCUUGCAGACUGUGGCAUCGGGAAUGGGAGCACGAUGACAAAUGGAUUGAAGAAAAAAAAACGAGUAGCAUUAACUUCUAUAUGA